AUGGCUGAGAAACCAUCAUAUCUCACAACCAAGAUUGGCAAAUAUGCCCUGGGAGCGAAUCGAGGACCUCUGACCCAGGAGUAUGGAGACGAAUCUCAGGUCGCACAUGUCGAGCUGGCAGAUGCUAGCUCGCUAAAGGGCAGAGGGAAAAUGCGUCGGCACUGGACUCGGUUUUGGUGCUGUUACUUGAUCGGAGCCAUUAUCUUCUUAGCUAUUUUUCUACCACUGUUUUUCACUGUCGUCAUCCAAGCAAUUUCCCAGCGUGUGAUCGACAACGCAUCUCUCGUCCUAGUGGAAGCUAAGAUCAUGCAACCCCGGCCAGAAUCAGUCUUGCUCAGCAUCCAAACCGCACUCAAGCUCACCGUCGACGUCCCCGUGCGCCUUGACCCAAACGUUCUCCACUUAUUCAACAAUGACCAGCCGGGCAAUAGUACGUAUCUAAAGGUCUACAAUGAUGCUAUAGUUAUCAAUGGGAAUACGAGUAUUGGGGUUCAGAACCAGCCGAGUCCAGUGAAUCCCGAGCCAUGGAAGCAUUAUGUUCGCAGUGUGGUCUUCGAGCCACAUGCACCGCUGUCGGCUUUUGGAAAGACCAACAUAUACUUGGGCAAGCUGAAGAGCCAUAUCUCAAUGAAGAAGGACCUCCCUCAAAACACCCUCAAUUCAUUUGCAGGAUUUUCGAUCGACGACCCCAAAAUGCUUUUCCCACCGCGAGACGACGGGGUGAAUCUGGUUGCAAAUGCCACAUUACCCAAUCCAUCGGUCAUGACGAUCGAAAUUGGAACCAUAACCAUGGACUUAAAAAGCAAGGAUCUCGUAGUAGGGAAUGCAACCAUCAAGAACCUGACGUUGCGGCCCGGAAACCACUCAACACCACUUGAGGGGGUGGUGGAUAUGCAUACAAUUAUAGAGAAUCUUCUGCCUCUUCUACAGGCACAAGGAAGCUCCCUGCGGAAUGGGUAUCUUAGCCUCGAUGCUGUCACGCGAGAAGUGGUAUACGAUGGCGCUGUGAUCCCAUACUACACCGAAGUCAUGCAUGAUUUGGUCCUUUCGGCGAAGGUGCCCGUCAAUGACUUGCUCAUCAACUCAGUACAAGGGAUACUACAUGAUAACAGUUCCGAUCUUCAAUCUGUCCUGGCUGACAUCAGGGAUCGGAAUGAUACGAAGGGAGACACCCUAUCAAAAAUUGGUAUUGAGUUUCAGUGA